GCGCAUGCGCCGGAGUCGCGGGGCUUGGCGGGAAGCGGAGUCCCGGCCGCUCUACUGCACUGUCGGGCUUCAGCGAGUGCAGCCCCGCUCGCGACUCUCCUUCCCGGCAUGCCCCGCUGAGCGGCCGCCCUCGGGGCUGAGUAAAGACCCCUUGGUCUGAGGCUUCCCUAUUUCCUGGUUCGCCGGCGGCCAUUUUGGGUGGAAGCGAUAGCUGAGUGGCGGCGGCUGCUGAUUGUGUUCUAAGGGGACGGAGAGCGGGGAAGACGUUUUCUCUCCCGGAACAGCCUAGCUCAUUCCUUUCCUUCGAUUACCCGUGGAGCGGAGAGUCAGGGCGGCGGCUGCGGCAGCAAGGGCGGCGGUGGCGGCGGCGGCGGCGGCAGCUGCAGUGACAUGUCCAGCAUGAAUCCCGAAUAUGAUUAUUUAUUCAAGUUACUUCUGAUUGGUGACUCUGGGGUUGGAAAAUCUUGCCUUCUUCUUAGGUUUGCAGAUGAUACAUACACAGAAAGCUACAUCAGCACAAUUGGUGUGGAUUUCAAGAUAAGAACUAUAGAAUUAGAUGGGAAAACAAUCAAGCUGCAAAUAUGGGACACAGCAGGCCAAGAAAGAUUUCGGACAAUCACCUCCAGUUAUUACAGAGGCGCCCAUGGUAUCAUAGUUGUGUAUGAUGUGACAGAUCAGGAGUCCUUCAAUAAUGUUAAACAGUGGCUGCAGGAAAUAGAUCGUUAUGCCAGUGAAAAUGUCAACAAGUUGUUGGUAGGGAACAAAUGUGAUCUGACCACAAAGAAAGUAGUAGACUACACAACAGCAAAGGAAUUUGCUGAUUCCCUUGGAAUUCCAUUUUUGGAAACCAGUGCUAAGAACGCAACGAAUGUAGAACAGUCUUUCAUGACGAUGGCAGCUGAGAUUAAAAAGCGAAUGGGCCCUGGAGCAACAGCAGGUGGCGCAGAGAAGUCCAAUGUUAAAAUUCAGAGCACUCCAGUCAAGCAGUCAGGUGGAGGUUGCUGCUAAAAUUUGCCUCCGUCCUUUUCUCACAGCAAUGAAUUUGCAAUCUGAAACCCAAGUGAAAAAACAAAAUUGCCUGAAUUGUACUGUAUGUAGCUGCACUACAACAGAUUCUUACCGUCUCCACAAAGGUCAGAGAUUGUAAAUGGUCAAUACUGACUUUUUUUUUAUUCCCUUGACUCGAGACCGCUAACUUCAUUUUCAGAACUGUUUUAAACCUUUGUGUGCUGGUUUAUAAAAUAAUGUGUGUAAUCCUUGUUGCUUUCCUGAUACCAGACUGUUUUCCGUGGUUGGUUAGAAUAUAUUUUGUUUUGAUGUUUAUAUUGGCAUGUUUAGAUGUCAGGUUUAGUCUUCUGAAGAUGAAGUUCAGCCAUUUUGUAUCAAACAGCACAACUGGUGUCUGUCACUUUCCAUGCAUAAAGUUUAGUGAAAUGUUCUAUGUAAGAUCUGAUUUGCUAGUUCUUCCUUGUAGAGUUAUAAAUGGAAAGAUUACACUAUCUGAUUAAUAGUUUCUUCAUACUCUGCAUAUAAUUUGUGGCUGCAGGAUAUUGUAAUUUGUUGCACACUAUGUAACAAAACAACUGAAAAUAUGUUUAAUAAAUAUUGUACUUAUUGGAGUAAUAUCAAACUGUAUGGUGAUAAGUAUUGUUUUAAUUCUUAUGGUUAAAGGGAACUAGAGCCUUGCAUUAUACUCGAACAGCCAUUAGUGUGUGCAACCAGGGCAUUGUAGACCUACUUACUUUAGAGCAGCAACCAGUAUUUGCUUUCUAGAUACUCUGACAAAUGACCUAGGGAGGCUUCUGUGCUGUGUAGGAUUUAACCAACUUUAGUGAUUCAGGGAGCUCAAACUAUAUGGAAAAUAAGUUUUUAGAGUGUAUGUUACCUUGCCCAUUAUUUCUGAUCUUUCUCUAAAGCCAUAUGGAAUGGCUUCAGUAAUCAACAUUUAAUUGACCUGUGAUACAGGUGGAAAGCUGCAUAGUUUUCCUAACCAGCAAGUGUCAGAAUAAGGUGUGUGCUAACCUUGUUCUCUGCUGUGAGUCAUGUCAACUAUUUUAUCAUGCCCACAUAGCUCAUGUUGGAGGAGAGUUUAAGCAUUUAAAGAGAAAACAAGAAAUUUGUUUGCCUAAUUUUAGAAAUUGUAUCUCUGAAGAUUAACUGAAAACAUGAAUGCUCGUUGGGAAUGAUGAGAAAAAUUAUUUAUUUGAAUGAACUUUUGCACAUGUGGAGAUUUUGUUAAAUAGUACCUUCAAGAUCCUAGAGUUUGUGUUUAUUGUGGGAAGCAAAGUAUCUAUUGCUGACACUGGCAUUUUAAGGUGGCAGAGGUGGAAGUUGUUUCCUUAGGUUGAAGUAGCAACCAAAACAUUAUUCAUAAUAGGGACUUGGGAUGUGGCUGUCAGCAACAUUUUAUUGUGGGGUCUUAAAUGAUAAAAUUUAAGCUAAAACAAGCCAAAAAUUAUAAGUUUCUUUAUUUUUCACUAAACAGGCAAUUGAAAUACAUGGUACAAAAAUAAGUGGUAAGAUUAUUGUAAAACGAAAUGAACAGAAUAUUCAAUUUAAUUUUCCAUCUAUGAGAAUUUCACAAUAAAAUCAUAGUUUACUUUGUA